CUGCGUGUGAUUGGGUGCCGGUGGUCAGAGCUGUGGUUGGCCGAGAAUCUUGGGGCCUUCGAGUUGAAGUCGUUGCCUGAACCAGAGCCGAAGAGUGUUAAUUGUCCUGAAUCAUCUGACUGAACAUGGAGCUGCAGUUUACCCAGACCCAAUGAAGUGCUUCCAAACCUGAAGUAUCUGUAAGAUUGACUGAUAAAACAGGCAAUAACAGCUCUCAAUCUAUAACCCGAAACACACCACCUCAGAAGGUGUGGAUUUUUCACUAGAUAGCUUGGUCUGUCUCGUCUUGCAGAAUGUCGUAUCCUGGUUACCCCUCAUCUGGCUAUCCACAGUCGGGUGGACAGUCUGGCUAUCCACAAGCUGGGGGACAGUACCCCUACCCUGGUGCCGGGGGUGCCUAUCCGCCUGGUGCCGGGGGUGCCUAUCCGCCUGGUGCCGGGGGUGCCUAUCCGCCGGGUCCCGGCGGGGCCUACCCCCAGGCGCCGGGCCCCGGCGGGGCCUACCCCCAGGCGCCGGGCCCCGGCGGGGCCUACCCCCAGGCGCCGGGCCCCGGCGGGGCCUACCCCCAGGCGCCGGGCCCCGGCGGGGCCUACCCCCAGGCGCCGGGCCCCGGCGGGGCCUACCCCCAGGCGCCGGGCCCCGGCGGGGCCUACCCCCAGGCGCCGGGCCCCGGCGGGGCCUACCCCCAGGCGCCGGGCCCCGGCGGGGCCUACCCCCAGGCGCCGGGUCCCGGCGGGGCCUACCCCCAGGCGCCGGGGCCAUAUGGCCAGCCACCAGCUGGAGGCUAUCCCCAGGGAUCUGGUGGCUCUUAUCAGUCUGGUGGAGGUUCUUACCCAGCAUCAGGGGGUUACCCUGCACCCCAAGGUAACCAGUCAGGAUGGGGAUCUGCUGGUUCAGGAUAUCCAUCUUAUCCCACAGGUCCAGGUGCCCCUGGCACUGCCCCUGGUUAUGGAGGCCCUCAGCCUGCUGGGCAAAACUACUCAGGUGGUGGUGCUCCUCCUUCAGGGGGGUAUCCAUCUGGUCCAGCACCUGGCUCGACUGGCCCACAGCCAACCCCAUCACAGCCUUCAAUGCCAAAUAUAGGAGGCCUUACAAUUGGAGGUGCAACACAGGGCACUAUCAAACCUGUUGCUAACUUCAAUCCGCAAAGUGAUGCUGAGAUUCUGCGCCAAGCCAUGAAAGGAGCAGGAACCAAUGAACAAGCAAUAAUUGACGUGGUCUCCAACCGCUCAAAUGAGCAAAGACAGAAGAUCAAAUUGGCUUUCAAGACCCUCUAUGGCAAGGAUUUGAUUAAGGACCUGAAAUCGGAACUGACCGGAAACAUGGAGGAGAUCAUUCUUGCCCUCUUCAUGCCUACCACUUACUAUGAUGCGUGGAGUCUGAGGAAAGCCAUGGAGGGAGCUGGAACGCAAGAUCGGGUUCUGAUUGAGAUCCUUUGCACCAGGGAUAACCAGCAGAUCCGAGAAAUUGUGCGCUGUUAUAAGGAGGAGCUGGGUCGAGAUUUGGAGAAGGAUUUGAGGAAGGAUACAAGCGGCCAUUUCAGGAGAUUGCUGAUCUCCAUGUCUCAGGGCAACCGCGAUGAGAAUCAGACGGUGGAUAUGCAGAAAGCGACAGCAGAUGCAGAGAGGUUGUUCCGGGCUGGGGAAGGGAAGCUUGGCACAGACGAAUCGACCUUCAACAUGAUUCUAGCAACUCGCAGCUUUCCCCAGCUCCGGGCAACUAUUCAGGAAUACGGCAGGUUAUCUAAACGGGAACUGCUGAAAGCUGUUGACAGGGAGUUUUCAGGAGAUGUGCGUGAUGGAAUGCAUGCUAUUGUUCAAUGUGUGGUCAGUCGCCCGGUAUUUUUUGCUGAAAAGCUCUACAAGUCCAUGAAAGGCGCUGGUACCAGCGAUUCUACUCUCAUCCGAAUCAUUGUCACUCGCAGUGAGAUUGAUCUUGUUCAAAUCAAGCAAGCGUUUUGGGAGAAGUACCAGAAGACUUUACGUUCGAUGGUGGAAAGUGACACAAGUGGAGACUACAAGCGCUUGUUGGUUUCGAUUAUUGGGAACUAAUUCUGAAUUAAUAGCUUCUGGGUGACUUAAUGAAUUUCUUUUAACAAUUGCAUCAAUCUUGACUUCAUUAGUGGAAGGAGAAAGAGACAACAUUCCUUUUUGAAUCAUCUCUCACUUCAUAAAUUUUAAUGUUAGUUGGGCUUUCCUUUCCAGCCAAAGGUAGCUAGAUGAAAACUCUUCCUGCACAAGCUGCUCAGUUGACAUCGUCAGCUUUUGAUCCCAUCGGCUUCCCAGCCUGACACUGAAGAGUACAAUCUGCCCACAGUUACUUUCCAUAGUGGAAAGAACAAAUCCAAGCUUUUAGAAUAAGCGUACAUUUGCUGUUUGGAACUUGCUUUCAAACUGGUGUGCUAUAUAACACUUAAGAUGCCACUAACUAUUAACCCAAUGCAGAUGUUCUGGCGAUGAAUGUUGAAUAAUAGUUUGUGCUGUGAUGGUAAGAUUAUUUUCUGAAUGAAACUAGAGUAUCAAUCGAUUUUGCUUCAUAUUUCACUUUAUCUGGAGGUGCACAGAAACUGCUCGUGGUCCAUUAUUGAAGUGCAGUUCAUCCAAAUUGCCAGUUUUUACUAUUUCUCAAUUUCUUCCUCUAACUUGAACUGAGGAUGUCUGGACUACAGCUACAAUAAGUAGCUUAGAGCUUUUGAUACUACCUCAAACUGUGCUCUCUUCUCAUGAGUUUCCUCAGCCUAGUUAGUGCAUCACAUGGAAAGGUUUUAACUUGCCUUAAUGUGAAGAAAUAUUGUCUCUGAAAUCUCAGAAUAAGGAACUGUUUAAAAAUGGGAGUAUACCUGAACAAUGAUGUGGGGUCCAGUAAUUUGCGUUGUCAUAAGAUUAUGUUCUCUGAAAUUGUUAAUGGAUGAAAUAUGUUCACCCUCCAAAAAUGAUGUUGAUGUGCUGAGGAGGUGUCUUCAGAGGACCUUCCUUCCACCCAUUCCAGCUCAGUAGACUUGUUUUUCAGGGAAUUUGGCUGAAUUCUGAUAGCAGUCCUCUGGAGAUGUUCAGUUUAGAUCCUAUGAAUAGUUGUCUUUUAGUGAAAUAAAAACAACUGGAGAUCUGAACAGAAAAACAGUUAACGUUUUUCUGUUUUUUUCUCGCUACAGAUGUUGCCAGAACUGUGGAGUUUCUCCAGCUCCAACUGUUUUUAUUUCAGGUCUCCUAGUGAAUAUUGCCUUGCUCCCUAUGUAACCAUGCACUGCACUGCUUUAUUCUCCGUUUGGUGGCAGGGUGGCAUGUUAUCUGCACUAAGAUGUAUUUAAGAAUUCUAUAUUAAUGCCAUAUAUUUGCUCUGCAACAAUAUAGCUCUCAAUUAUGCAAAAUUUUGCCUUGUGCCUUGCAUUCUGAAUACAAUUCUAUUUUAUAUUUCUAUAGUAGUAGAAAAUAAAGAAUAUAAUCCUUGUCUCUGCACUUUGUAAAUGUGCCUCUUCUGAAGUAGGGUUCAGUGGUUUCUGAAUUUAGUGUAUAGCAACCUUACUAGGCCUGAGCACUAAACUCCUAUUGUUUUCCUCUAAGUCUGCAUAUUUCUAGACAUCUAAGGCUCACUUAUGAUAUUUCUAAGCCUCAUUACACUUUAGUUUUGAUUUCUUUUGCUUACUUGGAAAGCUUUUGACCUGUCGUGAAGUAAUCUCUCCAUCACUUCCCCUCCAACAACACCACCACCGAAGUCUGCUUCUCAUCCAGGAGUGGACAGUGAAGAUCACUGAUUUGCAGAAAUGCUGGUGUCUUACUAAACUAGUGCUCAGGGAACACGAGGGAAAUUGUUAGCUGGAGGCUUUGGCCUGGUGAUUGCUCCCAGGAGCUUGUGGUUGCUGUCCUGUGACCCCACCUGGCAAGGGUUUGGGUUUUCUGAUUCAGAUUAUACUCUGAAAUGAAGGCUGGAUGACUCCUUGCUAGAGUGUGGGCAAUUGGCUUUACCCUGUGGACUUGUGAAUCAAUGACCACUAACCUGCCUUGAACUGUGGGCCACGUUGACUUAGUUUAGAUGUAUGUAAUCUGUAAUCUUGAUUUAUCAUUGCUCAUGCUGGAUUAUCGUUUCCUACUUUAAAAUUAUGUUGCCAAUAUUCUAACUGUUUUAAAAAGUUCAAUGUCAAUAAAAUGAAAUCACUGUAAAAUGCUCCAGUGACAGGAAGCAGUACAGGAAUUUUUUUGCAUCCUGAUCUAAUGCUGGUUCUAAUUUCGUCAAAUGUUUUGCCAAUAGUUGUAUUAAUGGAAUAAAAGUAAGUGAUCUGGA